AUUUUAAUACCUAUGAAUAUUGUUGAACACAUGAGCAGUGCUGGAAAAGUUUGCAGAUAUAUAUAUAUAUAUAUAUAAGAAGCAGCACUGGAGAUGUUAUUGCCCACUAUAUCUUCUGCUUCAAUUCUUGCAUGUAUUUUUAAAAAUGUGAUAAUUGCUAAAUUAUAAUUGAGAUGGAGUGUUAAAUAUACCUCCAUUUUUGUUAGAGAAGAAUUACAGAGAAUCAAAGUACUAGCUUUAAUUAAAUCAUAUUCCUUAUAAUUUGAACAUUUAGUUAUUUCGGAAGUAUAUGAAGGGACAUCAGCUAAAUAGAAUUUAAAAUUACCAUAAAUUAAAAUAAGCUGAGAAAUAAUUUGAAAGAGUCUCCUAAUUAAUGUAGGUUUUAAAGUCUUUUCUCCUAUUUUUGUCUUUAUUUUAUAUUAUAUGAGAGACUGUUGGAGGGAGUUACCUGGUGUAAGGCUGUCUUGGAUAGUUUUUAUCUUGGAAUCAUAUAUAUUUGGAGUAGACUCUUUUUCAUAGUUCUAUUCCAGAUUCUCUCCACAAAGCUGUUGCCAGGAUUUGGAAACAGGCUGCUUGAUUUUUGAAAGGAUAAGAGUUGAGCCAGGGUAAACACUUUGCAGCACUGCUCACUAUUAAUGUAUUUGAUUUUUUUUCCUCAUGAAAUCUGUGGAUUUAAGUGUAGAUCAGGAAAACUAGUCAUUAAAUUCAAAGAAAAUUUCAGCUCAAAAAGUCCUGAAGCAUACUUUCCUUUGAUCUAUAAAGCUAAUUAGUUAAAGAGAAAAACAGCUGCAAGAACUUUGGAAAAUGCUAGCAUUUUAAACCCACAGAUCUUUAAUGUUUUUCAUGUUUGAGCUCAUCUUCAAGCAUUUGAAAAAUUGGCUUAGGAGAACUAGUUGUCUGUUACUUGUCAGCUUUGGUUGUCUGAGUCAGUCCAAUUCCUUUCAAAAACUGAACAUGUGAGUUUGUUCUAAAAAAAACUAAUAUACAGUGGUAGAUUCUCUUGUGUUACUCCACACAUUGAACAACAAUCUUUCUAAAGACAUGUAGUAGCAGAGUAGAACAUAGUUGUGUGUGUAAUAGAGACAUUUUUCAGUAUUUGGCAACUAUUUCCAGAUAGUUGGCAGACAAGCAAUGUUAUUCAGUAUAUAUUGGUUAAAUUAUUUGACUAAGUGGUAGCUUGUAUUUAAUACCUUUAUUAUGCUCCCUAAAAUAUGGGAUUUAGUAGUAAUAAUCAUGGUCUGCUUUUUAAAGAAAGAUAAUAUAUUUAUAUAGCAGGGUUAAACGUAGGAAGGUUUAAUUCCAAAUGUUUUAUGCAGUGGAAAAUUAACUUGCCCACAAGGCUGGCUUGAAAAUUGCAACUUUGUCCUGCAAAGAAGAAUGAGUACAGAUGAUAAAGGAUGAAAACUGGAGAAUAAGAGAAAUCUCCUAUGAUGCAUACCAAGACUUUUUUUAAAAAAAGUGGGGAGAGUAACAAUCAUUUAAAACCAAAAAAUAAACUGUACCUUGUGUGUGAUAGGAGCCGGACCAGUAAAGCAUAUCUUUAAACAUUCAACUAACAUUUGAAUACUGUCUAUACUAAUGACAGUUGUCUUUACAUUCAUUUUGGUUACAUACAGAGGCCUCCAUUCUGAAUCAGUUUUACUGGUGUCAUUGACAGAUGAAGCAGUGAUGGCUGAUGAGAACUAUUUUCUUUAUUUAAGACUUAGCUUCUUUUGUUCUCUGCUUCCCUAGUCAUAAGGUGAGCCAAUAUCUGGUGGCCCCAAAUCUCUUUCAUUGCUUUAAAAUCAGGGGUUCUGGAACACAUUAACUGGUUACAUAAAAAAUCUGCAUCAGUAAACUUCUGAUUUCUUGAGGAACAGGAUUGGCUGAGCUCAGGCAUGAGGCCCUGCAAGAACAGACUGCUAGUUCUGCUACUAUUGAUUGGCUUUUAAUUUGCAAAUCCAUCUAAACCAGUUUAAAGCUAAGACAUGGAAAUUAAUCUGUCAAGAGCACAUUUAAUUGUUUUAGCAUAAGAGGAAUGCUUCAUGUUCAUCAUUCCAGAUGUAAGGUGGCUCCUUUAUCAACAAUCAACUAUCAGUUGACAGCUGUCUUUACAUGUUAAGCUCUAAAGAGAUGCCUCUGUCUCAAAGCCAGAGAUCCAUCAGUAACCGUAAAGGAGCAUACAUUGAUAUUGGAUGCACUACACGAUAUGGGACCAGUGUGAAACUAGAGAAUGAUCCCUGCUCUGCAUCUCUGAGAAACAGAAGGAGAAGAGGAGGAACCCGUGUUAGUUUAUGCCUAAAGGCCAGGAGGAAAUGCUUGGAUAUCAUGGGGCAGCCACGGCCCUGGCCAGUUCUUCUCCUGUCACUUUGCCAGCGAAUGUGUGAAGAACUGGCGCACCAGUUCAGAUUCUAACUUUCUAGUCUGAAUUGAUGAACAUGAACAUCCAGUUAAAGUUGCAGGUAAGAAAUAACAACUUGUGCAUCUGUCAGUACAAAUAUUAUUCUGUGUGUCAAAACAGAUUGGAUUCUGAUUUGAUUUUUAAAAUGCUGUUACGGCAUGUAAAUGUAAUGGGAAAUUUUAAACUAUUUGGGCUAUAAUAUAAGUGACCAAUCUAUUCUGAAUCUGCAUUGAAUGUUUAAAGUCAAUGGGGUUGCUUUUUGCUAUUGCUGGGAUGCUAGUUGUUUUCUCUAUUAAUCCCCUUAACUUGCAUUCUAGCUCCGCCAUUCAGAGACAGGCAUCGGUGGUGGGUUGUGUGCUCUCAGUAGUGAAGACAGAUAGUACCAGAGACCCUUAACCCAUCCAAUCUCACCCAGGGUGUCUAGGUCGGUCUUGUUUCAGACUUCUUCAUCAGUCUCUCUCCUUUCCUUUUUAUUUUGUUUUAUAAAUAGUGGAUUGCCUUAAGUUAACCUCUAACAAAGCUUUUUACAUUGUAUCCAUAAAUGAAACUGGAGAAGAUUAGUAAGCCAAAGUUGGCAUGAAGGUAUGGAAGCAGAUUUGCAGCCACUUUGUCUGUGACUUUGACAAUACAAGGUCUGGUGUCCCUCUGCCUUUACUUCAGAACUUCUAACUUUUUCUUUACUGACUCUGGAAAGUCCACUUGCCCAGUAAUGGGGAAGAAUUGUAGCCAUCAAAAAUAAAUAAAUCAAGAUUCCUAAAGGUUACUUGUAUGAGGGAUUACUUUUGGAAUGAAUCUGCCCUAACCCCUGUUUUAGGGGAUGCUCGCAUUUUCUCUUCGGUCUCCUGAACAGUGAAGAGUAUGUGGCAAAUGUCUGCAGUGCUUCAUUCAUUGGCUGCUUGUGCACUUAUUAUUUUGCAUGGGAAUGCUCAGAAGGACACCUGAGACACUGGCCCUGCCAUCCUUCUACUCUGGGAAAAAGCAGUUACAAUAUUGCUAGGCUUGUGCUUAGCUUCUUGAAAAACCUUGUGCCUCUGAAGGCCUCCCUCUCAGAGUGCCCUGAACACUCUCAAAGAAUGAAAUGCUAAUGCAGUAAACAAAUACUUUAGCUUUGCCUAAAGAUAGCCAUUUUUUUCUGUGCCUACCAAAGAGCCUAUGAAGGAGAGAAGAUUUUUAUAAACGUAAGACUUCCAAGAGGGAAGAAGACUAUUUCACUUUAUCUAGCAACUUGAGCAGCAGUUGCAUAUUUGAUCAGGCCAGCUUCUCUGCUUCUGAUUCUUGUGCUCUUAAGAUCUCAGUCUCAUUGCUAUAAAAAUGCACUGGGCAUUUUUGGAAGGCGGUGAGUGUAUCUGUGGACAAGGCUCAAUACUGUUUGGAAGUCGUUCUGGUUCUAUAAUUGUAACCCAGAACAGGGAAGAUGCUUUUUGUAUGGUACUAUGCUGUUUUAGAGGCAAAAUAAUAAUCUGAACAAUGCUACUAAAAUUGCAGACGUUUACUGUGCCUUUUUAAACUAUAUGGUUGUUUCAAUUACAGAAUGGAUAGUGUGAGAGUACCAAAAUCUUUCAGUAGGAUAAUUGGAGGACUUAAUUAUAAAAAGUUAACCAUCUUAUUGCCACAUCAUGGUGAUGCUCAUAAAAAUAUUUGGCACAUGAUUAUAAUUGUAAAAAAGGGUUAUCUUUGUUGAUACGUAAUCUCACAUUUCACAGAAUGCAUAAAAUUAGCCUGUCCAGCUUCAGUUUUAUUAAUAAUGCAGUUUUGAUCCUAGAAAUUAAUAUGUCCUAGAAAUAAUACUAAACAUUGGAGUGUCCUGUAUACACCUGUAUUUUAAUAGUGUGAAAUGAGAUUUCUAAUAACCUCUUUCCCAGAUCCAGACAGUUUUUGGUCAUAAUUCUUCAUGAAUGUCAGUUUUGAAGAGACAUUUUGACUGUCCUGAUUUGGGAUUAAUUUGUUUUUGAAGCUACUUCAGCCUCAACUGAUCAAUCAAGGUUUUGCUAUUACAUAUUAAACAUGAAUUCACAUAACAUCCUAUAUUUCUGCCAUAUGAAAAGUGAGCAUUCAUUCUUUGCUGGGGUAUGUCCAGUACCUUAAAAUGAAGUCUCCGUGCAAACCUCAAACACAGUAGUACAAUGCCAGUCCUGGGUUACGCUCUUUUCUGCUUAGUCCCUAUACAGGUAGUCCUCGACUUACAGCCACAGUUGGGACUGGAACACAUCUAUUGUUCAGCAAUGUAGUCAUUGUGUGAGUCAUCCUGAUUUUGCAACCUUUUUUGCAUUAAGUGAAUCUGGCUUCCCCCAUUGAGUUUGCUUAAAACCUUGAAAGGUUUCAAAUAGCGAUUAUGGCUCCGGGACUUUGCAACUCCUAUAAAUGCAUGCCAAUUGCCAAGCAGCCAAAUUUUGAUCAUGUGACCGCAGAGAUGCUGCAAUAAUUGUAAGUGCAAGGACCGGUCAUAAGUCACUUCUUCAGAGCUUUUGUAACUUCAGAUGGUCAUUACACAAAUGGUUAUAAGCUGAGGACUAUUUGCAUCUUGUAAUUACUGUGCUUAAUUGAAGCAACUAAACUUGCUCAUUUUUUAAAGCUUUGAAAGCCUCUAAUUUAUAUCUUGACCCAGUUUAUUAUGAAAAUCAAGCAGUAUGUUUUAUUUGCCCUGAUCUACCCAAAUUGUAACCUGAAGCACAGGGCUAACAAAAUUUUACAAAAGCAAAGCUGGCUCUCUUGAUUUCCUUUGUGUAUAAGCAAAGUCAUUUUUUUUCCUUUUCAAAUAUCAUGUAAAAUAAUAUUUUGGAGGAGUUACUAUUUAUUUGUAAAUAUGCUUCUCACUUUGUGUUAAUAUUGUUUAAUAAAAUCUAAUAAUCAUUGCGUUUCUUGGAAAGAUUUUUAUUUUCACGUGAAUUCCCUCUGCAGGAGAUUAAUCUGGCAUAAUAGUGCCAGUGUGAAUUUGGGUGAUUGUGCUAAUUCCCUUUUUAAGUAGGGAAAUGGGUCAUUCUUUUCCAGAGGUGGCAGUCUUUAUCUCACUUAACCCACAGAUAAAAAUGGAUGCUAAGCUAACAGACUGGUCAAAACGCCCCAGUCAGUGUUUUGAACAGUUUACAUCAGAGAUGAGUUGGUUUUCCUACUUACUCUUAUCUUAUGUAAAAAAUCAAAGAUUAUCACAUUUUGCAUGGGUUUUACAACUUGUAGAAAGUAUUGUUUAUGCCAAUGUAAGUUUACAGCAUUCUUUUUGCAUAUAUUUUAUAAUUCACAUAGAAUAUCUAAUCAAAGCAAGCUGCAUAGCUGAGUGAGUGAAUAUUUAAAAUAUACAUUGGCUCUGUUUUAACAAAGAUCACUUUAGAAAUGUCAAUUUAACUCAAAAGUGGCUGCAAAUCAGCAAUUAUAGUCACUGAAACAAAUUUUUAAUUUUUUUUAAGGAAAGCACUGCAUUAAUGCAUGAUAUAAAAGGAUUUUUUAUAAUUAAAAUGCAGUUUUGAAUGACUGAAUUUAUCAAUUUCAACCACUGCAUUUGUUGAGGCACAAGCUAGAAAAUGGAACUGGUAUCAAUCAGUGCUCUAGAUUAUUUCAGCAAUUGUCUGGCAAUGGAAUGAGGAAUUCUGAGGAAAUACCUCACAGAUAAAGGUUCCUCUGAAUUAUAGCUAAAGUAGAAGAUUGAUUACGAUUCAUUCUUAUUUUUGAUGAUGUACUAGUAUUUUCACUUAGCCCAAACUAACCACAAAGAUAGAUAGCCAAGGUAAUUAUUUUCUGAAUGAUUUUCUUUUUAAAAAAGAUUGUAAUACUUUAAAAUAAUCACACUGAAAGCUGAGUAUACGCACCACACUUAUUCCAUUUGAGGCCAGUGGCUCAUAAAAAAGUAUUCUUUUGCAUUAAGAAAAAUAUUGCCCUAGAGAAAAUACUGCUGUGAAAUUCAAUGCUUCUGCAAUUUAUUUCAUUUUGUGAGACAAGUUCACAUCCCAAGUUAAGCUUUGUUUUGGGUCUUGAUUUCACAGCAUUCUGGAGCAUCUCCAGAGAUGUUCCAGAACCCGUUUAACUUCAGCAAUUAUCUUGGCUGUGGUAGGGAGCUCUGCCUACCCCUCUCUCCCCCCAAAAGCACUGGGUCUUUCACCUGAGGGAGCCGACCUCAGCUUCUCUCAUCUUGCUUUUCAGGACCAAGGCAUCCUCCAAGUUAAAACCUUAGCCGCUGCUUUUUGGGGGGGGGGGGAAUUCAUAAAUGACAGUUGGUACCAGUUCCAUUUGUUGCUGUUCAGUUAUUUUAUAUUUCAUUUCUCAUUUGAUAAUUGAUAUCUGGAAUAAUCAGUAGCUCUAUUCUCAUUUUUUUCUCAUAUUUUUAUUCCAGGAUUUGCCUCUGAAGCAGGGAGUGUCUGCAUUAAAAAUGACCUGUAGUUCUCUGCUUCAUAGAUGCUUCUUCAGCUCCCUCUUCCUCCGUGGGCGGUGCUUGCAGCUCCUUUACCACCACUUCCGGCCCCACCAUUUACUCUACCUCAGUCACUGACAGCAAAGCUAUGCAAGUGGAGGGCUGCUCCUCAGCCAUGGGGGUAAGUAACUGUGGGGUAAGUGACAAGCAGUUAACCAAUAACACAGUCCAGCAGCCACCACAGUCCACCCCGAAGAGACACACAGUUCUGUACAUCUCACCACCACCAGAGGAUUUGCUGGACAACAGCCAGAUGUCUUGCCAGGAUGAGGGGUGCGGAUUGGAGUCUGAGCAGAGCUGCAGUAUGUGGAUGGAAGACUCCCCCUCUAACUUCAGUAACAUGAGUACCAGUUCCUACAAUGAUAAUACUGAGGUGCCACGUAAAUCUCGUAAACGAAAUCCAAAGCAGAGGCCAGGGAUCAAACCACGAGAUUGUGAAGAAUCGACCAUGGACAUCUUUGAUGCUGACAGUGCCAAAGCGCCUCAUUAUGUCCUUUCUCAACUCGGCACGGAGAGCAAAAGCAACUUGAAAGCAGGAAAUGGAACCUCUGAAGUCCCCAAGGCGACUGGAGGGAAGAAGUGCCCUAUGUUAUGUGGUCAGUACCUGAGUAAAAGUGAAGGCAAAGAGCUGAAGAUCCUGGUACAGCCGGAGACUCAACACAGAGCUCGCUACCUCACUGAGGGCAGCCGAGGCUCAGUGAAAGACAGAACCCAGCAGGGAUUCCCCACCAUCAAGCUGGAAGGUCACAAUGAUCCUGUGACGUUACAGAUAUUUGUGGGUAAUGACUCUGGCCGGGUGAAGCCCCAUGGAUUCUAUCAGGCCUGCAGGGUCACAGGGCGGAACACCACACCCUGCAAAGAGGUGGACAUCGAGGGCACCACGGUCAUCGAAGUGGGCCUGGAUCCGAGUAAUAGCAUGACCCUGGCGGUGGACUGUGUUGGAAUUCUGAAGUUGAGGAAUGCAGAUGUCGAAGCCCGAAUAGGCAUUGCUGGUUCUAAGAAAAAAAGCACCCGAGCCAGACUGGUUUUCCGUGUCAACAUCCCGCGGAAAGAUGGUUCUAUUCUAACGCUACAGACUCCGUCCUCGCCCGUUCUGUGCACUCAACCUGCAGGCGUGCCAGAAAUCCUCAAGAAAAGCCUGCAUAGCUGUUCAGUGAAAGGAGAAGAAGAAGUAUUUUUGAUCGGCAAGAAUUUUCUGAAGGGAACCAAAGUGAUCUUCCAAGAGAAUAUCUCUGAUGAAAGUUCCUGGAAAGCCGAGGCAGAAAUUGACAUGGAGCUGUUUCAUCAGAAUCAUCUAAUUGUGAAGGUGCCACCUUAUCAUGACCAGCAAAUAACUACAUCUGUUUCUGUUGGGAUUUUUGUCGUGACCAAUGCUGGGAGAUCACAUGACAUACAACAAUUUACAUACACUCCAAAUACAUCAGCAGCUCAUACUCUGAAUGUGAACGUGAAGCAGGAAAUAUCCAGCCCAACCCAGCCCUGCUCUUUUGAUGAUGCAGCCAAAGCGAAUUCCAAUGGCUGCCAGCUGGACCAAAUAAAUCUUCUCCCCAGUGCCUUGGUAACUCCUCUCAGGCCAAACAGUAUCGUUAAGAAUGAAGAGGCUGCUCCAAUGGAACUUGUGGCCGAGAAAAUGUCUCUUCCUGCUUUUAAUACAACCAGCACCAUUGGGCAAUCUCAAACAACUUUGGAGACCACCAUAUCCAGCAUGUUGGGGAAUGGCACUUUCACCUCUUCUGCUUCUCAUCUGGCUCCAGAGAGUGAAAAGCAGCCCCUGCAACCAAAGUAUCCUCCUGAGGCUAUGCCGACCCUUCAGGCUCCAGACGUCGUGCAGUCUGGCAGCUUUCCAGCCGCCUCUGCUCCGAGCCAGCUGCAGAACAGUGAUACCCUCCUGCAGCAGGCCUCCCAGUUCCCCUUGAGGGAGCCUUCCUCCAGAGAGGCUUUGCAGUCAGACAGCACAGCCAUGGCUUUGUCCCAGCUGACGGAGACCCCCCAACAGCCUCCUCCCCUUCAGGAGUCCAGCCAGGCACUGCAGCAGCAGAUCUCCUCAAGCAUGUUCUCGGCCGGUGGGGUUAGCCAGCUUCAGAGUACAAUCCAGCAGCUGCAGACAGGGAGUUUUCAGUCCAGCCCUGGUGGCAGCGGCAACAGCAGAAAUGUUGACCUGGUUCAGCAAGUCCUGGAAGCUCAGCAGCAGCUGUCGUCUGUCCUCUUUUCAGGCUCUGAGGGUGAGGACGUUCAAGAGCAGCUCAAUGUAGAAAUUUUCCAGCAGGUUAGCCAAAUCCAGAAUGGUGUCAACCAGGGCAUGUUUUCUUCAUCGGACACCGUUCACUCGAGGGCAGAAGACCUUCUCCCCAGCCGAAACGAGACCAUGCCGGAGACUUCGUUGGCUGGCCAGCAGCAGCCGCAGCAGCAACCGCAAGUGAUGGAGACGUCUGCUGCGAUGGUGAUCGACAUGCAGCAAGGCCUUUGCCAGGCCCCCAACUGCAUGCCGUCCGACUUGUUCUCCUCCGCCUCCUCCUCCACCUCCUCCUCUUCCUCCUCCUCCUCGGGAAAUGGAAGCAUCCAGCAGUCCCCAGUGUACCCGCCAACUUCCCAUUUGAUAGGUGGGCUGUCAGUGAGUGAAGACAUGCAAAUGCAGUGUGAGCUGUUCUCUCCCACCAGUGUCUCAAGCAACAAUGCAGGCACUCCAGGGCAGCCGCAGCAGGAGCAAGUGCCCACCAGCGGCUCUGCCAUGUUCCCGGCUUCAAGCUCUGUGGAAGGCAAAGAAGCUUCAGGACAAGCCAAACAGAUGCAGAGCAGCGUCUUUCAGGCAAUGGUCCAAAUACAACACAGUGGGGAGAGCCAGGCUCAGGUUGCCCUCUUUCCUUCCUCGGAGGACAUGAUGGCUGCCGUUCAAGGUGCCGGAGCCCAGCAGCAGGGUGGGGGGCUCUUCCAGCAGAGUGGAGAGAUGCUCUCUCUCCAGGCGGGCACUUUCUUGCCCCCAGCUGCCCACUCCCAGCCUCAGCUAUUCGGGGACACCCAGAGCAUCUCUCAGGAGACACCCAAUUCUCUUUUCCAUAGCCAGAAUGCAGCCUCUUCUUCUGAGCAACUGCAGCAGCAGCCAAUGUUUCAUUCCCAGGGAAGCCUAGGAGUGGUUCCGGACCAGCAGGCAGGCAGCCUGUUUCUUUCCCAAAAUACAAUGGGCUCCUCCGUUGCGCAGGAGGAGCAGAUGCCGUUCUUCGCCACACAAAGCUCUCUUUCUCCCUUGCAAGGCCCAGCCAGGACUGAGCAGCAACCCUCCUUCCAACAGCCCCACCUCCAGGGCCCUCUGCUUGCCCAGGAGCAGCCCCAGUCGACACAUCAGGCCCUUUUCCAGGCCCAAGUAACUCUAGGCCCCCUCCCUCCCUCUGGGGUGCCUCCCAACCAGCAUGGGGGCAUUUUCCAAGCUCAGCAUUCGCUUGUGGCUCUUCAGAAUAGUGCCUCUACCCAAGAGCAGCAGCAGCAGCAGCAAAAUAUCCGGUUCAGCAGCCAGAACACCAUGGGCUCUGUGACCUCUCAGAAGCCAACACUGCUGUUCAGCUCCAGUCCCAGCACGAUGACCAGUCAGGAACAACAGCAGAGCCAGCCUCUCUUCCACCCCCAGAGUAGCCUGGCCUCGAGGAGCCAAGAGCAGCAGCCCAUGCAGUUCCAGAGCCGGAGUUCAGGCUCCACCCAAGCUGAGACACCACAGCCGCCACCAAGCUUAUUCCAUGGCUCGGAGCCGGUCACCCUCUUCCUAUCAUCAGCUUCCAUGUCUGCCUUGCAGGGCAACAUGAGCCAGCAGGAGUUGCAACAACCCCCUCUCUACUCCCCACAGAGCAACCUGCCAAAUAUACAGGAUACUUCAUCGCCCCCCCAGCAGCAGCAGCAGCAGCAGCAGCAGCAGCAGCAGCAGCAGGCAGCCACUUUGUUUCACAGUGCCUCUGCUGGAAGUUCUAUCAACCAGCUGCAGAACUCCUCCACCUCAUCCCCACAGACCUCUGGGAUAUUCCUCUUUGGCAUCCAAGACGCAGGUUGUGGUCAGCUCUUAACAUCUGGACCAAGUUCCAUGUCAGAGCAGAUGAUGACCCUCAGGCAAGCACAGAAUGAGGCACAGCCAUCCGUCACGGCUCUCCUGUCCCAGCAAAUGUCAGAGAGUCCUCAGAUUUCUUCUGCAAUGACCACCAAUCAGAAUAUGAAGAAGAUUGAUGACUUGCUUGUAUCCUUACAAAAUCAGGGGAACAAUGCCAUGGCUGGAUCCUUCUAGCAAGUGAGAAAUCCUGCACUGGACAGACUGACUUGCAAGACUCCUUUAGCUCUAGGGAUUCUGGAGUUUAGCAAAGUAGCGUUAACUCUUCUCUGUUGAAAGAGGGCCUAAAGCAACAUCUUCAUCCUUGCUUUGGAAGAACAUCACUCUGGAAGUGCUGCUGAAGUGUGUGUGUGUGUGUGUUGGGGGGGGGGAGCCAGGUUUUGUAUUAUUCAGGCAUGGGCUGGACUGUUAUCUCCAUCCCAAGUUCUGUGAGGGAUGCAGAGCAUGGCUAUCAUGUGUCAGCACAGGGCAAGGACAUUGGGCUCCAUCUCCCUCUCCCGUCUUUUUCUGGUUUUCACGAUUCCUUGGGUGCAUUUCCUGUGUCCUCAGUCAUUUGAUGGCUUCCCAUGAUUUGUGGCUAAGUAUGGGAAUGGUUUCCAUUGAAAAAUGUGGCUUGAGUAGUAUAGCACAAGUCUUCUGUGUAUGCUGUGAAUCCCACCCAGGGUCAUGGCUUGAUGCUGCACAUGUCAGGUAGUGGAUUGGGCUCUGCAGCAGCAGCUGCUCCGAUCAGAGUAAUGAAGGAGCCUCUGGGGUGGGGGAGGGGCUCCUGCGGUGGUUUGAGGGGCCCCAAAGGGGCCUUGCAGGGGAGGCAGCCUCCGAUUGGGGCUUGCUGAGAGUUGGGCGCAGAUGGCUGUUCUCCCUUCUCAGAAGAAACCAGUUGCUGGUCUAAGGAACGGGCUCUUUUUGGAACCUGCUUUGAUCAAAACGAUGUCUGACUCUUCUUAAAGCUUCUCACCCUAGGGUUUCCCACCCUAUUUAAAUAUUCUGCUUUUGACACUUUUGCCAUUGCUGGGAGAUGGAGGCUCCAUGGUGGGAACCUGGGACCUUCUCUAAGCUCCACUUUGAACUCCAAGGCGGAGGAGCAGCCUUGGUCCUGCCAAAGGCCUUUGGUAAAAAGCUAGUGCGGUCCAGACUAUGUCAUUCUAGCAGGCUCUCCUGGGGCUCACCUCCUGCACAGGUCUCUUGCACAUCCACCGCUGCGUGGGGUCUCUGCCACUCCAGAAGGUUCCUGUGCAGCUCUUGCUGACCUCGGGGGCUGUUCCAGGGACGUCCUGGCUGUUUGUCUUCUGUGUUGAGAAGAAUGUCGCUUGUCUCCCUCGUGCGCCCCUGUGUGGGGCUUCUUCCUCAUGCUGUGCCAGUCUGUCUCUUCUGUUAGUGGUCCGUGUGUUUUGUCCCAAGAGGUUUGGGUUACAUUUUCAGUAGUACAGACUCUUUUGCCGAUAUGAAGGGAACUUUUCAGAAAGAGAUCUACUCGGGGUCAUUUAAUUUUGAAUACAGUUUUCAGUCGUUCAAGUUUUGGAUGGUUUAUAUCUAAUGUGUGUUUCAUUUUUUGGAAAGCUCUAUUUUGUAUUUAGUAAAUGAUAAACUAUUUUGCUAUUUGUACUAGAUGAGUACAUUGGCAUAUAUAAAAACAUUAUAUAUGUUCACACGCAUAUAUUCUUCUUGCCACAGAUUUUUGUGGCAAACGUGUGAGUUUAUAGUCUCUUCUCCCACCACAUGGCAUCUGGUAAUGGGAGAAAGAGGACGGGAUUUGUUAAAUCUUCAUGGAGUAUUUCUGUAAUUUUUGUUACAGGUGUUCCUUUGUCUGGCCAUUCUGUCAGUGCUGGCUGGCCGUGAAGGCAGCUUCAUGCCUGAAGGACGGAUCUCCUGCUGCGGGGGGAUUUGGCGGGGAAGCCCUUUAGGGUGACUUCUUAAGAGCUGGGAUUUGAUUCUGCUUUUAUUCUCUGUUAAUGUCUAAUGUUUUUGCAGGCUUUUUAAUUUAUAACACUAAUACCCUCUGCUUUCCCUCUUUUGUAAAUCCUAUAGAUACCUUGAACCUAAUUCUGAUGCUGAGAAAGAGAGGUACACACAUGCUGAGGGAAUUAUGGGGAGGCAGUGAGGAGAGUGCAGAAAGGCCCCAAGUCAGUUUGCUUUUUUUGGGGGGGGGGGAUGUGUCACAGUCUGAGGUCAGCUCCUUGUCAAGAGGUUCCCCUGUCCUCUCUGAAGGGUGCCGGGGGAAUGAGCAGGGGCAGUCUGGUGAGCUGCUUGGGGCCAAUGCCAAGACACCUGGGACCAAUCCUUCAUUGAACCAAGAUUUUGCCCAGAUCCCCAGGUUCUCCUGGCCACAUCCCGUAACAUCAGCAUCUGCUGCUUGUGCAAAAUGGUGAAAUUGAUACUUUGUUGGCUGGUUUUUACUUUUCCUUGGUCCAGUUUAGGUCAAUAUUUAAAUGUGCAACAUUUUGAAUAUGUGAUUUGGUUACCAAAUGUAUCUUUUUGGAGCAAAGGGGCUGCUCAGUAGCUGGCAGAGGCUGGUCCUGCAUCUUUGCUCCUGCUUUCUAUGGGCAAAGGGAACGGAGGAAGCAGAGCCUGCAAAGGCCACAAGAGACUCAGUUUCCCUUGGCAAGCUCUGCAUUUAGCUGCUUCAGCAACCCAGCCUGGUUGCUGGAACUUGCUGUGUUUCUGCACAAAGGCUUCAUUCCCCACCUCACUGUUUUCAGGGCAAGAAAUGUAAGGGACACUGAAGAAUGAGAAAGUCCACCAGGAAGAAGGAUCAGUCUUUUGUUGUGGGGGGAGAUAGUCCCUGUCUUUUACGUCAAACUCCCUCGCUGAAGGAGGGAUUAUGGAACUCAUUUGUACAAUUAAGUAGGUCUUUGUGGUUACAAGACCCAGAAAGAAGAUUAAAGUUCAAAAGAAAGUGUGGUCUUUUAAAAUACAGUACAUUGCCCUUUUAAAGUUUAUAGUAAGAAUUUUGCCAUACAGGUAGUCCUUGACUUACAUCCUUUCAUUUAAUGACCAAAGUUACAAGAGCGCUGAAAAAAUUGAUCUACAACAGAUCCUCACACAGUUGUCACAGUAUUCCCAUGGUCACAUGAUCAAAAUUCCAGUGCUUGCAACUGGCAGGUAGGUCUGACAGUGAGUGUCCCGGGGUCAAGUGAUCCCCUUUGAGAUCUUCCCAGCCAUCAUCCGACAAGCAAAGUCAGUGGGGAAAGCCAGAUUCAGGUAACAAGUUUGUGAUUCAUUCUUUAGUGAUUGGCUUAACGACCAUAGCAGAAAAGGUUGUAAAAUUGAGCAUGAUUCACUUAACAAUUGUCAUUCUUAGCAAUGGAAAGUUGAGGACUACUUGUAGAAUAAAAGGCAAAUUGAAAGAAAAAAGAAAAUGCAGGAAAUGAAAAAAAUUUAAAGACUUCCAAUUUUCUUUUCAACAGAUACUUUAUUUAAUAAUCCCUCCCUAGAUAUAUAAUAAAAUGUAUAAACCCUCAAACUCUUAUUUAGUCCAAGCCUGGCUUAAUCUUAAAACCCAUAAACCAUAAUUUCAUUUCUUUUUUCAGCAAAAGUCCAUAAGGUUUCCAAUCGUUCAAAAAGGUUUUUUUUAAUGACUAAAUAGUGUGUAGGACAAGUUUUGCCAUUUCUGCAAAUUCUGACAUUUGCACAAUCCAUUCUUCCACUGUGGGGAUUUCAUUAAUCUUCCAUUGCAUAAUUGUGCAUAUGAUAAUCUUGCUGCAAUUACCACAUAUAAGAUCAGUCUGCCGUGAGUUUUUCCUAAUUCAUUUUCCAUAAGACUGAAUAAAGAAAGUUCUAGUUGCUUUGAAAUAUUAAUCUUUAAAGAUUCUUUGCAUCAUUGUGUGAAUUUGUAUCCAAAGUGUAUUGGCUUUUUCACAAGUCCAUCGUGCAUGAUAAAAUAUCUCCUCAUGUUUAUAAAUUUCUAACACUACUUUGAAAUACCUUUAUAUUUUUGAUAACUUUUCUGGUGUCAUAUACCAAUAAUACAUCAUUUUAUAAAAAAAAUUCUCUUACAUUUAUAACAUAAUGUAAAUUUAACACCAAUUACCCAGAUUUUAUCCCAAUAUCAAUCUCUAUAUUAUAUCCAAAAUUAAUAGACCAUUUUGUCAUGCUAUCUUCAAACUUGUUCAUCUUUCAUUUCAAAUCUUAACAAAAGUUUAUACAUUUUUCCUAUUAUAUAUUCAUUUCUGUACAAUUCAGUUUCAAAUUCCAAUUUAUAUUUUUCAGUUCCAUUUGUCUUUUUAUCCACAUUAAACCUUUUUUUAACUCUAUGUAUAUAAACCAUUGAAAGCUAUAUCCCUGUGAGUUCAGUUGCUCUGUUCAUCUUAAUUUCUCCAUCCUCCUGUAUGAAUAGGUCUCAUGUUAGCUAUUUCUUCAUAUUGGCUGCUUGUGUUCUGUAGAAUGCUUCUUUGCUAAGGUCAAUAAAGGUAUCUUCAGGCCCAACCAGUGUUCGUAUUUAUUCCAUAUUCUCAAUACAUUAUUUUUCACAUAAUUAAAAUCCACAUUGUUACGCUACAGUAAGAACCUACAGCAAACAAACCUCAGAUCAUGACCCUCCGUUUCAAGCAUUCUUUUUUUUCCUCAGCAAGACCCAUCCUUUCAUCCAAAUUAAAUAAUAGACUAUAAAGUACAAUUUAAAAUCGAGCAAUCCUAAUGCUUCCUAUCUUUUGCAACCUACAGAAUUUUGUAUUUAACCCUUGAUUUCUUGCUAUGCCAUACAAAUCUAGAUAAAAUUAUUUGCCACUAUUUAAAACAGUGGUUCUCAACCUGUGGGUCAGGACCCCAUUUGGGGUCAAAUGAUCAUUUCACGGGGUCGCCAAACAAGGCUGUCCGGAAUUUUUUCCCCCUUUUCUUUGGCCACGCCCCUGGCACCCGGUGAUGUAUAAGUGGUUGGGGGUCACCACAACAUGGGGAACUGUAUUAUGGGGUCGUGGCAUUAGAAAGGUUGAGAACCACUGAUUUAAAAGAAGCAUUUUUCUAAAUCAGGAUUGUUUGAAAUAAAAACAUUAUUCUAGUUAAUGUAUUUAUUGUUCUCACAGAAAUUCUUCCAAGCCGUGAAAGUUGCAACUUCUCCUUUCUUAGUAAAUCUUCCUUAAUUUCAUUCCAUACCUUAACAUAAUUACCUUGAAAUAACAUGCAAUUCAUAUUAGACAUAGUAAUAUCUCACUAGAAAACUGUCUUAAACUCUGGUGUUUAAGACUUCAGGCUAGAAACCUGGAGAUUUUGAAUUCUAGUUCCACCAUAGUCACAAAGCUAGCCAGAUGACUUUGGGCUGGUCACUCUCCUUCCAUCCUGACAAGAAGGCAGAGACAAACCAUGAAUGAAAUCUUGCUAAGAAAACUGCAGGGACUUGUCCAAGCAGGUGCCAGGAGUCAAGACUGACUCAAACACACACACACAGAGAUAAACUUUAUUUCUUUCUCAGUUUGAAAACCAAUAGUCACUCAUGAGGUGGGAGUGGCCUCCAAUCAUUGCAAGCAGCUCCUGAUUUAGUCAUAGUAAGCAGGCGGUUUCCCAAAGCACUAAAUUCUUUUCAGCUACACUUCUGCAUGUCCUGAAGCAAUAAGCAGGCUGAUCCUCCCUUCCUCUCUACCAUAAAUACAGCAACUGGCUUGGGCUGUUCCAGCUGUUCAGAAUCAGUUCUGUCAGGCCACUCUGUGGAAAUGGAGUGUCUUUGGAGCUAGAAGCUUUGUGAAUGCCAGAGAUGUUCUCCCUGCAUCUCUCAGUUCCAGCUUCCCAAGUGUUGGUCACCUUACAAGGGAAGCUGCGUGGAUCAUGGGAAACAGAGGCUGCGUUCUGCCAGUGCCCCCCCCCCUUCCUUCCUCUUAUUUCCUGUGUUCCUGCUUCGCUUUGGGCGGGACAGAAAUCAAGCAGCCAUUGAGCAGUCCCUUCCAGAUCCUGCAAUGUGAAUGUAGCCUGAUUGGGCCCAUUGUGCAUUUGUGUAUCCCUGGCUUGUGUCGGUGGGUUUCUCAGAGCACUGAUAACCAAUUUUCAAUUUAUUCUAUUGAAGGGGCUGGGGUGGGGUACUUCGUUUGCAUUUGUUUUUUUAGCUCUUCUGUGAUAACUUGUUGAAUAUUAAAGAGAUAUUUUGCUUCUAUUGGGACAUUUGUAUACUUGCAACUAUAUUUCUGUACACAGCUGCAGUCCAGAAUAAAACUUUGAAAAUUUUCAUUUCAUAAUGUA